AUGGUUGUCCAUGUUGGAGGUUUAGUAGCAAUCAUUAUUUUCUACGUACUGAUCUUAUUGGUGGGAAUAUGGGCUGGCCGUAAACAAAAAUCGAGUGAAAAAGCACCAGACACUGAAGAGAUUAUGCUGGCAGGAAGAAAUAUUGGACUGUUAGUCGGUGUAUUUACGAUGACAGCUACGUGGGUCGGUGGUGCAUACAUCAAUGGUACUGCUGAAAUGGUAUUUUCAACUGGAUUAUUGUCAACACAAGCGCCAUUGGGUUAUGCUAUUAGUUUAAUAUGUGGAGGACUGCUGUUUGCGCGACGAAUGAGAGCCGCUGGGUAUGUCACGAUGUUAGAUCCAUUUCAGCAAAAAUAUGGAGAAAGAAUGGGUGGUUUACUCUUCUUACCUGCCUUGAUGGGAGAAGUGUUUUGGUCGGCAGCAAUUUUAUCAGCGUUGGGUGCCACCAUUAGUGUCAUUUUUACAGAUGUUUCACAAACAGCAUCAGUUCUCAUCUCAGCUGCUAUUGUUGUAUUUUACACAUUAUUCGGUGGAUUAUAUUCAGUGGCAUAUACAGAUGUUGUUCAAUUAUUUUUCAUAUUUGUGGGACUAUGGUUAGCUGUGCCAUUUGCACUCAAAAACAAAAGUGUGGGCAGUUUAUUAACAACAUGGCCUGAAUGGCGAGGUCAUAUUGAAAAACAUCAAGAAGUUAGAUGGAUCGAUGAUUUGCUAUUACUCAUCUUCGGCGGUAUACCGUGGCAGGUUUAUUUUCAACGAGUAUUAUCAGCCAAAAGUGCUCACAAAGCAAUGUAUUUAUCAUUUUGUGCAGCUGUCGGAUGUUUUUUACUGGCCGUUCCACCUGCUCUUAUCGGAGCGAUUGCUAAAUCGACAAAUUGGACAGCAACUGAUUAUGAUAUCAAGAAAAACAUAACAUCGCCCGAAGCUCAAAAAUUGAUAUUGCCAUUAGUAUUACAACAUUUAUGUCCAAAACCCAUUGCUUGGAUUGGUCUUGGAGCUGUAUCAGCUGCGGUCAUGUCCAGUGCUGAUUCAAGUGUGCUAAGUGCAAGUUCCAUGUUUGCAAGAAAUGUAUGGAAAUUGGUAUUUCGUAACAAUGCUGGUGAACGCGAGGUAUUAUGGGUAAUGCGUAUAGGAAUAUUUUUUGUCGGAGCAGCAGCAGCAGGAAUAGGAAUAACGGUUCCAUCCAUUUAUUUACUGUGGAUCUUAUGUUCAGAUCUAGUUUAUGUCAUUUUAUUCCCACAAUUACUUUGUGUCGUUUAUGCUAAUUUUACCAAUACGUAUGGCUCAUUAGGUGCUUAUAUUGUUGGAUUUCUGUUUCGUACCUUGAUCGGUGAACCUGAAGUUGGUAUUCCACAAGUUCUUCUGCUUCCGUGGUUCAUACCACCUAAAACAUUUUGUAUGCUCUUGAGUUUAUUUACAAUAUUAUUUGUGUCAUAUAUAGCAAAGGUCUUAUUUGAAAAUCGUAUCAUACCAGCUAAAUAUGAUAUUCUUCAUUGUCUUGUCAAUAUUCCAACUGACAUAAUGCCGUUAAAAGAGAGCACAACAAACGAAGAAUUUUCGAAAUUAAAUGUUAAUGAUUCAAGCAAAAAAAAAUAUGAUAAUGAAGCAUCAUACAUGACACUUGGAGGAAGUUUAAAUGGACCUUAUAGUCCUAGUCAAGAAACAUUGGUGUACAACGAUAUUCGUUAA